ACUACGCAAAAUUUAAGUUUAAUAUUUGUUGCAGAAUGGCGGACGCAGCUCCUGCCGAUCGUGGUGGUUUCAGAGGUGGAUUCGGAGAUAGAGGACGUGGCCGUGGAGGUGACAGAGGCCGUGGGGAUCGUGGAGGACGUGGUCGCGGUCGUGGACGCGGCCGUGGAGGUCGUGGUGGCAAAGAGGAUAAGGAAUGGGUCCCAGUGACAAAGCUUGGACGUCUUGUAAAAGAUGGAAAGAUUAAGUCUUUGGAGGAGAUUUAUCUUUUCUCUCUCCCCAUCAAAGAGUUUGAGAUCAUUGAUCAUUUCCUCGGCCCCGCACUCAAGGACGAGGUACUCAAGAUCAUGCCCGUUCAGAAGCAGACCCGUGCCGGUCAGAGGACUAGGUUCAAGGCUUUCGUAGCUAUUGGUGAUUAUAACGGUCACGUUGGUCUGGGUGUCAAGUGCAGCAAGGAGGUUGCUACUGCAAUCCGUGGUGCCAUUAUCCUGGCCAAGCUUUCCAUCGUUCCUGUGAGGAGAGGAUUCUGGGGUAACAAAAUCGGUAAACCCCAUACCGUCCCCUCUAAGGUUACCGGAAAGUGCGGUUCUAUCUGGGUGCGUUUGAUCCCUGCCCCCCGUGGAACAGGAAUCGUCUCUGCCCCAGUUCCAAAGAAGCUGCUCCAGAUGGCUGGUAUCGAGGAUUGCUACACCUCUGCAAAGGGUUCCACUGGUACCCUUGGAAACUUUGCCAAGGCCACCUACGCAGCUAUUGCUAGGACCUAUUCCUUCCUCACCCCUGACCUGUGGAAGGAGACCGUGUUCUCCAAGUCUCCCUACCAGGAGCACACUGACUUCCUCUCAAAGAACCACAAACCCCUGGCUAGCCAGAGACAGGAACAGAGGCAGUACUGAGCGCAAUGAUUAUUCAUUUCGCGAUUUCGCAACUUUCUUGUUAAGUUACUGAAAAUAAACUGACAGAAAAUUAA